UUAAAUAUGCAUUUAAAAACUUCUUGCAGUGUCACUGAAUAGCUAAUUUUGUGACAACAUGCCCCACUGUAAAGGCCUCUAUCCUCAUAAAGAAACAUUCAGAAAAUAAAUGCACUUAAAUCAAUCGAUCAAUAACGGUCUCAAAACUGAAAUCAAGUUGUGAAAUCCUAUGUUUAGACGGGGGGAAAAAUAACAGAAACAAAGUAUUCAUUUAUGAAAACUGAAGCAGGGUAGUUUUUCCCUCUUCCUAAAUGAUGAAAAGGUUUUGAAAGGCGGGUUGAGAGACGUGAAACCCCAAGUGUGUGUAUAAAAACCACUAGAGACGCACGGCUCAGAAGUCUCCCGAGUUUUCUUGAAGACAUCGCACACAAGCUUGCGUAAUCAGGAUGUCGUCAGCUCAGAACGCAGCGCUCUUCCUGUCUGUCGUACUGGCAGUGUUCAUCAGUCUGGUGGAUGCAGUGCCUGCCUACAGCGGUCUGGCCGAACUAUCCGAAACAUCUAGGGACGAGGUUCAGGACGUGGAGGGAAAGAGUCCUCUGAGCGAGCGGCAGAAGUGGUAUCUGACGGCCCGAGAUCUGCACAGAGACGUCAAGACGCUGCGAGACCAGCAGUUUGAGAGGGACUUCAGAGAGAUGGUGAACAUGACGGCGUGUGAAGGCGUGAGGAUCAAAACCCCUCUCCUCAGACCCUCAGACGGCUGUCUGUCCAGAAACUUCAGCACGGAGAGGUGUCUGAGCCGUAUAUACAUUGUCCUGUCCUGGUACAGAGAGAACUGGAGCAUCAUUGAGAAGGAAAACCUGACCUCUAGCCUUGUGAAGGACGUCAAACACGGGAGCAAACGGCUGCUGGAGGCCAUUCACAGACAGCUGCAGAUAGCGGACGGACAGGAGGAUCAGAUCUCCAGCGCUCCUCUAUCGGUCAGAUCCACAUGGACACACAAGACCACGGUCCACUCGAUCCUGUUCAACUUCAGCAGCGUGAUGAUCGACUCGUACAGAGCCCUUCAUUAUAUCAGCAAACGCAAAGCAGCGCACCGAGCUAAAGACACCAAGAGACCCGCAAACUGGAGCUCUGACAAGAACUGAUUUAUCCUGACUAUCCUAUUUAUUUAUUUAAUC